AUGGCUGUUUUCCUCAUUGUUUGUUUUGUGGGAUUUAUUCUCUCUAAGCUACUUUGUUUUGCGUGGACCUUGUUGAGGUAUUCCGAGCCUAUUAGGCGUGGGCUUUCAAAGCGUCAUGAGCUCAAACACGCUGGAGAAUGGGCCAUCAUAACCGGCUCCACUGAUGGCAUUGGUAGGGCCUUCGCCGAUGAACUCGCCAGUGAUGGACUCAACAUUUUUCUUGUCAGUCGCAAUGCCGAAAAACUUCUUCAAGUGUCUCAGAGUAUUGAACGCGAGUACAAAGUCCAGACGAAGUCUUUCGUUGCCGACUUCACUAAAGGGGAUUUUUAUGAAGCUCUAAAGCGUGAAAUCGAUGCCCUUUCCUCCGUUGCCUGUCUUAUUAACAACGUCGGGAUGUCUCAGGUUUACGCUGGUCCACUGGCCACCUGUGAGUUUCUGGGCACCGAAUUUAUUCAACAGAUGAUUUUCUGCAAUACCGUAUCCACCGCCUGUAUGACACGAAUCACAAUGCCUAAGAUGCUGUCGUCUUACGAGAAGGAUCCCAAGCACCCGCCUUGUGUUAUCAAUAUGUCUUCCCUCUCGGCAGUUUUCCCUCGCCCCUAUAAAUCCCUCUACGCCGCAAGCAAGUCAUUUGUGCAGAAUUUCUCCGCCUCCGUUGCUGGAGAAACAAGGGAUUUUCUGCGCACUCGGGUACGAUUUCUUACCCUCACCCCAGGGUUUGUUUGGACGCCCAGUAGGGGCGAAAAGAAAGUUAACUUCUUCAUACCCACUCCCGAGGUGUUUGCCAAUUCAUCGCUGAAUAUGAUCGGUAUUGCGUCUCAGUGUUGUGGCUUCAUGCCACACGAGUUGAUGGCCUUCGGAUUGGGACUGGUGCCUGGCUACCUCCGUGAUUGGGCCAUCGGAAAGUUUGAGCUUAAGCGAGCAGAAAAAGCUCAAUCGCAUGAGAAAGCUCAGUAG